AUAGCUGUAGAAAAGAGCCCGGUAUGAAUUAGUGCGAUUGUUUCCCGCGUUGCAGUGACACAGUAUUUGUGCUAGGCUUUGCCAGGUUGAAGCUGUUGAACGUUUUUUUCCACGCGUGUCUGUCGCGGUCGACUGUCGAGGAAAUGCCGGCAGUACUGAGCUCCAGACCGCAGACAGGUCUGUCCUUCCUGGCACCAGAACCUGAAGAUCUCGAGGACCUUUACAGUAGAUAUAAGAAGCUGCAACAGGAGCUGGAGUUCCUGGAGGUGCAGGAGGAGUACAUAAAAGAUGAACAGAAGAACCUGAAGAAAGAGUUCCUUCAUGCUCAGGAGGAGGUGAAGAGGAUACAGAGCAUCCCCCUCGUUAUUGGCCAGUUUCUGGAAGCUGUUGACCAGAACACAGCCAUUGUUGGCUCCACUACAGGAUCCAACUACUACGUGCGCAUCCUGAGUACCAUCGACAGAGAGCUGCUGAAGCCCAAUGCUUCUGUGGCAUUGCACAAACACAGCAAUGCUCUGGUCGAUGUCUUGCCUCCUGAAGCUGACAGCAGCAUUAUGAUGCUAACAUCAGACCAGAAGCCAGAUGUGAUGUAUGCUGACAUUGGUGGUAUGGACAUCCAGAAGCAGGAAGUCAGAGAAGCAGUGGAGCUGCCACUUACUCAUUUUGAACUCUACAAACAGAUUGGCAUUGACCCACCCAGGGGUGUCCUCAUGUAUGGUCCUCCAGGUUGUGGUAAGACCAUGUUGGCCAAGGCUGUUGCGCACCACACUACAGCUGCAUUCAUACGUGUGGUGGGCUCAGAGUUUGUACAGAAGUACUUGGGUGAAGGCCCUCGUAUGGUGCGUGACGUCUUCCGGCUGGCUAAAGAAAAUGCACCUGCCAUCAUUUUCAUUGAUGAGAUUGAUGCUAUAGCCACCAAACGCUUUGAUGCACAGACUGGAGCUGACAGAGAGGUGCAGAGAAUCUUACUUGAGCUUCUUAAUCAAAUGGACGGUUUUGACCAGAACGUCAACGUCAAGGUGAUAAUGGCCACGAACAGAGCGGACACACUUGACCCCGCCCUGUUACGUCCUGGUCGUUUGGACAGAAAGAUUGAGUUCCCUCUGCCAGACCGCCGGCAGAAACGUCUCAUUUUCUCCACCAUCACCAGUAAGAUGAACCUCUCUGAGGAGGUGGAUCUGGAGGACUAUGUUGCCAGACCAGACAAGAUCUCUGGAGCUGAUAUCAACUCCAUCUGCCAGGAAGCUGGCAUGUUAGCAGUGCGUGAGAACCGGUAUAUCGUCCUCGCCAAAGACUUUGAAAAGGCUUACAAGACCGUCAUCAAGAAGGACGAGCAGGAGCAUGAGUUCUACAAAUAAAGAGAAAAUUCAUCCAGGGGAAAAAGUGUCCAGACACACGUGUGUGUUAUUGAUUUGUGUCUGUGUGACUUGCAGUCCUUGACCUGCAUAGAUCUUUGGACAGCACAAGGUCUAAUUAGUCAGAUUAGUCUUGUCUCCAUCCUUUUUUUUUAUUAUUAUUUCUUACGGUAGCAAAGACAGAGUAUUUGAAUCUGUAUGUACUCGAUUAACAAGGCAUCAUGGCCAUUAAACAUGUUGUAGGUGA